CCGCGGGCCGGCGGCCGCGCUGAGCUGCCAGGGCCCGCCCUGCCCGCCGAGCCGCGCGACGAGGCAGCGGCUGCCCGGGCCUGGGCCUGGCGACCGGGACACGCUUCAGCUUCGGUUUUGACCAGCUUUGGUUUUCAUGACAAUGGAAUUUUUCCUCUCCACGAUGGCGAGAAAGAACCUCUUCCUCAGCCUCCUGCUCUGCUACAGCCUGUUCAGGGCUGCUCAUUCCCACUUGGUCAUUGAGGAGAAGACAGAGUGCAACGUGUCCAGGAGGAGCAAAAUGGACCUCUCAGAUCUUCCACCCAUCUCCAUAGUAGAUUUAACUAGAAAAUCCCAGAAAGUCAGCAGGAAAGAGGCAGAGAUCAAGAAAUCUUCCAAGAAAACCGCUAAACGCAAGAUAUCUCCAAAGCCAAGGCCCCCACCUGCUGCUAACUGUGUGCCAACCUUCAAAACCUGCAAGCCACACUUGAAUUCCUGCUGUCACUACUGUGCUUUUUGCAAAUGCAGAAUCUUCCAGACCAUCUGCCAGUGCCUGAUGUUAAACCCCAAGUGUUAAGCCAAGUCAGAAACACAGCAAGCCUUCUGUCUUUCAUUAGCUUCUCAAGUGCAUAUUUCAAAUUGCCCCAUGUCUCUAGUAAUGAAAAUAGAGAGUUCUGAAGGUUGAAUUUACCCCUCUUAAAAUUUAAUGGGCAGUCGUUAUAAUGGGGCUAAUGUUACCACAAGCUGCAUGUCAUUUCAGGGAGCAGGCAGCCAGGGAGAUUGGUACUGAUUAGGCAUUUUUAGCAAAAGAGCUGUGUUUUAUGAUGAAUUCUGGAUUCCUGUGGGUUUGAGCUUUAAUUUGAAGGAUCAUAUUAAUGCCAGUCUGCAGAAGUGUCUAACCAGCACCAUAAAACCUGCCCCCAUGGCACCCAAAUGGCCACUAAAACAGGACUGGUUAGGCCAGUGAGGGACUAGAGCUUGGCUUUGCCCACAGGGACAGCACCAGCAUUCAGCACAGCCACAGGCUGAAAAUGCAGGGUUUGAGUUUAACUCCAUUUCCACAUAUUCAACAAAAACCAGGACAAGAAUUUAUGUAGAUUAUUCCACCUGCAAAGAUGGACCCAAGGUUAAAAGGACAAUUUAAUCAUUCUGAGCUAAGCAUUCACCUUCAGGGGUUUCGGUCAUUCUGCCACCAGGCAGUACCUCCCAGGGGUAUGACAUACAUAUAUCCUUAAAACCUAAAUGUAUCUGUGUCUAGGAAUAUAAAAAUCAGAUUGUUUUUUCUGCAGACAUAUCUGUAGGAAUCAACUCUUCCGCCUUCCUUCUCCUGCUGCCAAGGACACUGCAUGUACAGAGCCCAAAUGCAGGAAGACAUAUCUGGGACUUUGAGGAAGAAAGGAAAGAUCAGCAAAAGAUGAAUGUAUGUCCCACAUGUACAUCUUGAAGCAAACCAUCCCAAACAAUCCAUUCUUUGCCCUUUCUUGCUGCAGGAGCUCCCAGAACCAUCUCCAAGGCUGAAUUCAGGCAGGAACAUUCAAGUGCUGCAGCAACCAGGGGAAAAAAAUACAUCACAUGCUGUAUCAAGAGUUAAAGGCUCAGAAAGAGAUGGCUGAAGCUCAAGGCAACAGAAAAUUUAUUUCUCUUGUUCUUGAAGCUCUUUGUCUUAAAUUUGAGGUAUCCAAGAGGGCACAGAAGGAAAACCCUUCUUGGUUCAACUCCCAGGACAGCAAGGAGGGAGCAGACUCAGAAAAUGUCCCUGACACUGAAGACUUUUUAUUUGCCAGACUCCAGCUCUUGUUUUUACCUCCUCUGUAAUUACAGUGUCUCUCCCCUGCUCCCUUACUGAUUUUUCUUCUGUGCUACUUCCUUGUUUUUAGUGUUUUAGUUUUCCCUUUAUCCAACUGCUAUUGUUCGUUACCCCAGGAGCACUCCAGGGCUAACCCACAUCUCCCAUGUUCUCUCCACCUGCCUGCACCAGGGUCCCUUCAGUGCUCUUUAGC